AUGUUGCCCGCUCAGCGUAACAAGGUCGACAUCAGCAAACUCACUGAGGAGGAGCAGAAGCUGUUCCGUCUCUAUGGCAAGCUCCCUACCCACAAGAAUGUGUUGACGAAGAUGCAGAAGGAUCGUAAAUACUUCGAUUCCGGAGAUUACGCUUUGAGCAAGGCUGGCAAAGCUCCCCAGAACACCGUCGGGACUGCGAUCCCUAACCCCGAGAAUAUCCCCCACGCUACCUCACCUCCGGUUCACCAGAAUCUGUCUGUGUCACCGACGAGCGCGACUGGGACCGUGGCGCCUGCGAAAGAAAGUCCUUUGGGUGAACAGAAAGCAUCCGAAGACGAGGAGGUCAUCACCACCGACGAGCCCGCAGCGGAGGUUGCAUAG